AUGGCUUCCACCUACCCGCCCAAAAGACUGUACAGAAUCCCCCGCUCUACAAAUGCUGAAGAUCCUGAGCUCUACAAAAAUUCUGGCUUCCACCCGGUUCAUAUAGGUGACUACUUGAAAGGGAAAAGGUACAGAAUUGUUCACAAGCUUGGCUAUGGUGGCUCUUCCACAGUAUGGCUGGCAAGGGACUGCCUGGAAAAUUGUUAUGUGUCUCUGAAAAUAUCCAAAGCGAACUUUGGCCUCGGAAAUAAGGAGGUCAGUGUUCUGCGUCACCUUGCCCAGACAAAAUCAGACCACACGGGCGCACAGUAUGUCAUGAAGCUGAGGGAUGAUUUCAUCCUAUCGGGGCCGAACGGAGAGCACCGAUGCAUCGUUAGUCAAGUCGCAGGAAAUCGAUUAAGCCGCGCACUAGGAGUGAGGUACUCUUGUCUGGGUCCUUCACGUUUACUUGUCGCUCAACUUUUCCUGGGGCUUGAAUACCUGAAUUCAUGCAACGUAGGACACGGAUAUUUAUACACGGGAAACAUAUUAUUCCAGCUGGAGACCUUUGAUCCAUGGUCGGAUGAGCAACUAUAUGAGUGCAUGGGCCGUCCUGUUACUGAAGAGGUUGUUCGUCUUGACGGUCAAGCAAUCGAGAGCUGCGCCCCUCUGGCGCUCUCUCUCGUCUAG